AUGGGUGGCAAGGUCGUGAAGCCACCUCCUCUUUCUGGCAAGUUUGAAGGUUCUUUCGCGUACAUAACGCUGAGAGACAGGCUUCCGAAGAUUCUCACCAAGGUUAUCGACGUCACCCACAGAAAGAGGCAAGAAGUCGCAUUAAUCAGCGAAAAAUCUAAUGGAAUGGAAGUGGUAAAGAACGUCAUCGGCUUACUUUCGGACCUUCGUUCACGUUUGCUAACCGAUAAGCCUCUGACAGAAAUAAAGGGCAGCAGGAGCGAUGUGGCGAAGUGGAACGAGGCUCUUCAACUUCAGCGGCUGUCAUUGAGAAAUGAACAACCGAGAUGGUACAACGUGGCAUGGUUGUUUGUUGAAUGUUAUUUCUACCGAAAAAUUUUCGAGGCUUUCAACGAAAAUUUGUAUCCAAAUUGCUGGGAUCCAUUCGCCUACCAGAAAAGCCAGACGUUGAACGACAACCUUUCAACGAUACGCUCGUUGUGCAGCUACUUUCUAUCAGAGUUACAGAAACUUGUGCUGAACGAGCACAUGGUCAACCAUGACGAGAAACUGGCCGUCGUCGAAACGCUCAUUCAGCUUUCGCUGUGGGGCAACGAAUGCGACCUGUCGAUCUCGGAGGGUCAGAAGUCGGUGUCCAGUCUGUUGUUGUCCCAGCUUAAAUCGCGCCAGCAGAUGCUGGUCGUAAAUCAGUUGAGCUCUUUCAUGAUGUGGAUGCGAGCAAUGACCGAUGGACAGCCUUUGAAUCGUGUAGACAUCGUCCUCGAUAACUGUGGCUUGGAAUUGGUUACGGAUUUAUGUUUGGCUGACUACUUGAUCGAGUCCGAUAUGGCGAAAGUAGUUCACUUCCAUGCCAAGAGUUUUCCGUAUUUCGUGUCCGACGUCACCAUGCCUGACUUCACUAAUACAUUAAAAACUUUGGGGUCACAUUCUGACGAGAUUCUGUCCAAUGUUGCGGAACACUGGAAAAAGCUGUUGGACUCUAAGCAGUUCGUUUUGCACACUCACGACUUUUGGACUUUACCAUAUCCUUACUGCGAAAUGAAGAAGGUUGCUGCAGAGUUGUUCGAGGAACUGGCAUUGUCGAAUUUGGUUGUAUUCAAAGGCGAUCUGAACUAUCGAAAGUUGCUUAGCGAUUUACAGUGGCCCGUCUCCACUUCGUUCGAAGAUUCUUUGCUAGGCUUCCGACCUUCGUCGCUUUUGUCCCUUCGUACGCUUAAGGCUGACUUAAUAUGCGGUAUGGAUGAAGAAGAAGCAAUGCAUCUCACCGCCGUCGACAAAAAUUGGAUGCUGACCGGAAAAUAUGGUCUCAUACAGUUUCUCUCAUAA